CCCCCCGCCCCCCGGCGCCCCCCCGCCUCCGCGCCUGCUCUCCGCCCCUCUGCCCCCGCCUCCGGCACCCGGGAGCCGCGCGCGGGCCCGCGGAGACCAUGUCCUGACUGAGGGGAGAGGGCGGAGGCGGCAGCAGCGGGGCGGGCGGCGGCGCGGAGGGAGGCGGAGAGGGGCCGGGCUCGGCUCGUCGCCGCGGGCUGCUCGGGGAGUCGCCGCCGCCGCCGCCGCCGCCGCCGGGCGCCGAGCGUCGGACGGGUAGGAGGAGCAGGAGCUGGAGGAGGAGCUGCCGCCGCCAGUAUCUCCUGAGGAAGUCAGAAUCUGAGCCAACAUGAAGACUGACUCUUGUCUUUGGUCUGAUUUAUAAACUGUACUUUUAUUCUAACCAUGUGCAAGGUGGAUGUUAUAGCAUGGAAACUAAAAUCUUACUUCCUGCCUGACAUAACACACUUCAAGAAGUGCACAAUGUCAGAACGUGGAAUUAAGUGGGCCUGUGAAUACUGUACGUAUGAAAACUGGCCGUCUGCAAUCAAGUGUACUAUGUGUCGUGCUCAAAGACCUAGUGGAACAAUUAUUACAGAAGAUCCAUUCAAAAGUGGUUCAAGUGAUGUUGGUAGAGAUUGGGAUCCUUCCAGCACUGAAGGAGGAAGUAGUCCUUUGAUAUGUCCAGACUCAAGUGCAAGACCGAGGGUUAAAUCUUCAUACAGCAUGGAAAAUGCAAAUAAAUGGUCGUGCCACAUGUGUACAUAUUUGAACUGGCCAAGAGCAAUCAGAUGUACCCAGUGCUUAUCCCAACGUAGGACCAGGAGUCCCACGGAAUCUCCUCAAUCCUCAGGAUCUGGCUCAAGACCAGUUGCUUUUUCUGUUGAUCCUUGUGAGGAAUACAAUGAUAGAAAUAAACUGAACACAAGGACCCAGCAUUGGACAUGUUCUAUUUGCACGUAUGAAAACUGGGCCAAGGCUAAAAAAUGUGUUGUUUGUGAUCAUCCCAGACCUAAUAAUAUUGAAGCAAUAGAGUUGGCAGAGACUGAAGAGGCCUCUUCAAUAAUAAAUGAGCAAGACAGAGCUCGAUGGAGGGGAAGCUGCAGCAGCGGUAAUAGCCAAAGAAGAUCGCCUCCUACUACGAAACGGGACUCUGAAAUGAAAAUGGAUUUUCAGAGGAUUGAAUUGGCUGGUGCUGUUGGCAGCAAGGAGGAACUUGAAGUGGACUUCAAAAAACUAAAGCAAAUUAAAAACAGGAUGAAAAAGACUGAUUGGCUGUUCCUCAAUGCUUGUGUGGGGGUUGUAGAAGGUGAUUUAGCUGCUAUAGAAGCAUACAAGUCAUCAGGAGGGGACAUUGCGCGGCAGCUCACUGCAGAUGAAGUGCGCUUGCUGAAUCGUCCUUCUGCUUUUGAUGUUGGCUAUACUCUGGUACAUCUGGCUAUACGUUUUCAGAGGCAGGAUAUGUUAGCGAUAUUGCUUACGGAGGUGUCUCAGCAAGCAGCAAAGUGUAUUCCAGCAAUGGUGUGUCCUGAACUGACAGAGCAAAUCCGGCGAGAGAUAGCUGCCUCUCUUCAUCAGAGAAAGGGGGAUUUUGCUUGCUAUUUUCUAACUGACCUUGUAACAUUUACGUUGCCAGCAGAUAUUGAAGACUUACCUCCAACAGUCCAAGAAAAAUUAUUUGAUGAGGUGCUUGACAGAGAUGUUCAAAAAGAGUUAGAAGAAGAAUCUCCAAUUAUAAACUGGUCGUUGGAAUUGGCUACACGUUUGGACAGUCGACUAUAUGCACUUUGGAACCGGACUGCAGGAGACUGCUUACUUGAUUCAGUACUACAAGCUACCUGGGGCAUUUAUGACAAGGACUCGGUGCUUCGGAAAGCCCUGCAUGACAGCCUGCAUGACUGUUCACAUUGGUUUUAUACACGCUGGAAAGAUUGGGAAUCGUGGUAUUCUCAGAGCUUUGGUUUACAUUUUUCCCUGAGAGAAGAACAGUGGCAAGAAGACUGGGCAUUUAUACUCUCUCUUGCUAGUCAGCCUGGAGCAAGUUUGGAACAGACACACAUUUUUGUACUUGCACAUAUUCUUAGACGACCAAUUAUAGUUUAUGGAGUAAAAUAUUAUAAAAGUUUCCGGGGAGAAACUUUAGGAUAUACUCGGUUUCAAGGUGUUUAUUUGCCUUUGUUGUGGGAACAGAGUUUUUGUUGGAAAAGUCCGAUUGCUCUGGGCUAUACACGGGGCCACUUCUCUGCUUUGGUUGCCAUGGAAAAUGAUGGCUAUGGCAACCGAGGUGCUGGUGCUAACCUGAACACUGAUGACGAUGUCACCAUCACGUUUCUGCCUCUGGUUGACAGCGAAAGGAAGUUACUCCACGUGCACUUUCUUUCUGCUCAGGAGCUAGGUAAUGAGGAACAGCAAGAAAAACUGCUCAGGGAGUGGCUGGACUGCUGUGUGACUGAGGGGGGAGUUCUUGUUGCCAUGCAGAAAAGCUCUCGGCGGCGAAAUCACCCCCUGGUCACGCAAAUGGUAGAAAAAUGGCUAGACCGCUACCGGCAGAUCCGGCCUUGUACAUCCCUGUCUGAUGGAGAGGAAGACGAAGACGACGAAGAUGAAUGAAAAAAAUCAAAGAGCAGAAGACCAAGGUGUAUCGGCUCUGUGGUGACCCCAAAGUGAGCGUGGUGCUCCAAGCAGAGUGCACGGCAUGGAACGAAGCAAAUCUGGCAGGACCUGCUCGGAGGGGUUUUUCUGAUCCACACACCCAAUGGAGAUGAUGCAUCUGCUGCGCGAGGAGACAGGGAACUUUGUUUGUAAAAAACUAAUUUUAUUAAGACAGAACUUUUUUUCUUUUCAAAUUGUAAAUCUGUCUAUAAAUGUAACGCAUGUGGUUGUGUAAGAAGUUGUGUAAUAGGAAAAGUUGUACCAGCAUCUUCAUAUUAUUUGAGAAGUUUUUUCCAGCAUGGGCACCUCCAAAAGCACAUGGUAGAUGACUCUUUGUUCCUUUGAGAUAUUCGUUUUUAAGUAGAACCUGGCAUUCUACUUCCAUCUUAAAAAUCCAUUUCACAUUAAGUCUCACUAGAGCUUGUUAGAGAUUUGGAAACUUUGUACAAAUUAUCCAUAGCAAAACAUAAAAAUAAAAACAAGCUUUUAUUUUAUUAAUAAUGUAGUUCCUGUUCUGCCCAAUAAAAUAAAAUCAAAUCUUUAAGGAACAAACUGCAAGGAAAGUUAGGAACUUUUUAUUGAGUGAACUUCAUAUAGACAUUGUUCCCUUAAUUUGGAAAGGGUUUUGGUUUCAAUUAUUUGGUCUCGUUUAAGUUUCUCGUAUGCCCCUUUUCAGUAUUUAGGUAUUUAUUUGUUUGGAAGAGUGCCCUUAAAGUUAGGGUUCUUCUCCCAGACUCUGGGCAGCAGUCUCUUGGUGACUAGUUAUUCCCUGGGUGUAAAUGAGGCAAGUGCUUGGGGAGCAGGCCCCCCGCCCCCUCGUAACUAAAUGAAUUGUGUGCAGUUUGCUCAUUUGAGUGAUCGACAGUGUUAUACUCCCAAAUUGCCGUGCGGAGGGUCUUUGGAGUCUGUCUUUCAUCAUCAACCCUCCUUUAAGCAAAUCGUGUUAGAAAGGCAUGCCUUUGCUUGGGCUAAUUGGGAAUAUCAUUCAGUAGAGAAUAAAGAUUUAAAAAUUGAGUAAGGUCGUAAAUGCACUGUGUAAUGAAUUUCUCAGUGAGCAGUCUGAGAAUUUUUGCAUGUUGGUUAAUUGUGGCCAUUCUUAUUUAAAGUUAAAACUAUAAUCUUAGGUAGAAAAACUUUUCAUAAAAAGUAUUAUUUGACCACUUCAGGUAUACAUUUAAUACUGGGUAAAAAUUUCAGACCUAUCUCAGGAACACAAAAAAGACUUAGUGUCCUGAUAAGCAUGCUGUAGGCUAAUGAUGUGGCAAGGAAUUUGGAAAGAAGUCCCAUACACAUACACACACAUAUUUUCUUCUCUUUGCUGAAAAGGCUGUGAAAACCUUUAAAUAUUUGCUUCUUGUUUUCUUCUAAGUUCUGUGUAGAUGAUAUUGAAAUGUGCACAAUCUCAAUUUGAUGCCGGAAUACUAAAAAUAGAAGCAUAACUAGGAGCUGUCAUGUAUUUUAGUUCUUUUCCCCCCCUCUCUGAACACUCGCUGAAAGUUCCCAGGAUGAAAGGAUCACUUUUGCUGCAUGCUAAAACUUGCAGGAAAAGUAUUUUCAAUUUGAAUAAAUUUUGAUAUAUUGUAAUAAUGGUAAAUGUUACUGUUGCAAGCGGGUAAUGUUUUCUUACAAAUUGACUCUCUGGUUUGCUUUCAUUUUAGUCGGUUAUUAAUCAAGUUUUUAGAAGGCUUACCUUCUGACUACUUAGCAUCUCUAUAAAACUUUUCUCCAUAUACAGGAAUAAUUCUUUAGUGGGCAGAAACCCUGUUCUAGUUUCUGUUACACAAAAACUACCCUCCGAGUGGAAGAAGCCAAAGAGAGAUGCUCGAGGGAGAAGCGUCGAGUCAGUGCGGUCUGCAGUGCCGUCAGCGCUGUCCAGGAAAUUACAGGCUCGGAGUUUAGCCUCUGUGUGUUGUGGUCUGCUGAGUGUUGUUUUUCCUGAGGUGCCUCUUUAUUUAUUUAUUUAUGAUCAGUGACCCUGACCACAUCUAGUUGAACAGGUACAGCAUUCUUCCCUGUGGGAAAGAAUUAUAGAGGAUCCCAUUUCCUAGGCUCCAGGCAAGGGAUGGGGCUUUAAAUGGUUUUCACAGCCGAUUGGCUGGUAACAGCCAACAUUUUGGGUGAAUCAAUGCUAUGUUAAGCUCUUGAACUAUUAAACAGCCAUAAUUGUUGUCCCAAGAUAGAGUACGCAGUCCUUACUCAAAGAUUGUAUGUGGCCGGGUGACAGAUGUGUAUGUCUUUUGGUUGACUCUGGACAGUAACACCUUAAUUGUGUGGUGUUAACUUUAUGGGUUCUUUUUCUAGGGAGAAUAUAGGGUGAGGUUUUCUGUUCUAAUUAAAACAAAACCUAGGUGCACCGUGGAUUUGGACCUGCCUUUUUAUGUUAUUGACUCUUAAGCUCCUUGUGUCCCAGACUUAAUCUGUAUUAAGGAAAUACUGCUGUUCACAGGUUGGGGUGGGGUGGGGUCUACUUUAUGUGCAUGUGCCAUCCCCUCAGUGAUCGCCUCUGACAAGUGGUUAUGAAGAUGAUGUCGAAUUAUUCUGCUCUGUGGAGUGAUAGGUCAGUAACCAUGUGCUCCAUCUAUCCAUAUGAGGUUGUCUUAAUUGUUCAUGUGAAAGUUGGGAUGGGACCGUCACUUUAAAAUGAGUGAGGAAGUUGAUGCUUUAAGACACCCUCGACUUUUAUUUUAAUGGGAAGGAAGGGAAGGGUAAGGAAAUGGUUGAAGGGAGUUGGGCUUGACAGUUGCAGACACCACUAUUGAAAAAGGAAGAUCCAUUUAGUCAACUUAAAGUUCUUAACAUAUGGGAAUGGCUGAUUUUAAUUAUUUUGCAACAUUUCUUUGUAAAUAUCAUUAAAAUUUUUUUUUUUUGGAGAUUCACCUCCCUUCCUGCGUUAAUGCUUGAGCCAGGUAAUUUUGCUUUUGGGUAAAUUAAAAUCAAAACUCUAAAACUUGA